AUGUCUGGCCGCGGCAAAGGAGGAAAAGUCAAGGGAAAGGCAAAGUCCCGAUCAUCUCGUGCCGGACUUCAGUUCCCAGUUGGUCGUAUCCAUCGUCUGCUCCGCAAGGGCAACUACGCAGAACGUGUCGGAGCUGGAGCUCCCGUCUAUCUGGCCGCUGUCAUGGAAUAUCUGGCAGCUGAAGUGCUGGAAUUGGCAGGAAACGCCGCUCGUGACAACAAGAAGACCCGUAUCAUCCCGCGUCAUCUUCAGCUGGCCAUCCGCAAUGACGAGGAGUUGAACAAACUGCUCUCGGGCGUCACCAUCGCUCAGGGAGGUGUUUUGCCCAACAUCCAAGCCGUUCUGCUGCCCAAGAAGACCGAAAAGAAGGCUUAAACUGGAAUCGUCUCUACUCUCAACCAAACCGUCCUUUUCAGGACGACAAAUACAGUUUGUAAGAGUUUCGUGAUACUUUUGAAAAUAUCCAAUCAUCUAGAACGUCAGUUAAAUCGAUGCAGUCCUGCGUAAUGAGCUCUGUUUAUUUUAUUAAAUGCUUAAU